GAGGACCCCCAACGCCACCUUACCGAAACAGUAUGCGCCCAAUCUCUAUGGUAUAUGGCGCGGACUCGUCUUCAUCACUCUCCAAGCUUAGCCAUCCUUCGACCUCUGGACACUCGACGCCCACAAACCCCAACAUGGCCUUUGACGAGAGCGGCCGUUUCUCUCCUCUGCCAUUACCACAAGAAAGAGGCUCCGUUUACGGCAAUGGGUCCAUGUCGAGACGUGGACCGGCGGGCCCCUCGUACCUCGACCGUGUUGAAAUUGUCCUUCCACAUCCCCUAGCAGCUGAACAACAGAGACCUAUGUCAGCUAUGGCCUCACCCAAUCGAUAUUCCAUGUACAAUGUGCCACCAUCCCCGGACAUGCGACGGAUGAACAUGCCAGCUCGCCCGGUAUCAAUGAUGGUACCACCCUCAGCUGACAUACGAAAUACAGGACGAGUGACCAAUGAUGAUGUGCAGACAACCUCCUCUUGUACGGCUCACGGGAACCGAGAUGAUAACCCGCCACCAUUACCACCUAAAGGCAGGCCCGACCGAGCUCAGCAGAUGCCACCGCUGGCCACUUCGGCAUCAGGAGCCCCCCAACUCCCUGACAUGUUCGCCUCCACUUCCCCAAGAGAAAGGAGUACAUCCCCCCCUGAACCCCUGUUAUCAUCUACUGCCUUUGUGGGCUCGUCAACGAAUGGUUCUGUCCCGAACACAGAAGAAUCUGUCGAACAUUCUGCUUCGCUUCCCAAGGGAGUCGGAAAGGAGACCAAAGUCAAGACAUCAUGA